CGGAAGUUACCAUAGAGAGGGACGUUCGGCUAGCUCUCGCUGGUAUUGAGUCCUCCGACGUCUCCCGAGAGCCUCCAUACUUCGAGUUCGGUGUCGGUUGUGAACUCGCAGCGCUACCAUGGCGGCCAACAACGCGCUCAGCAAGCAGCCCCCUAUCCAGUCCACGGCCGGGGCCGUGCCUGUCCGAAAUGAGAAAGGUAAGAAGGGCCGGACGGGUGGGGGGGGGGAGAGAGAGAGCUGGGGGUGGGACUGGGUACUAGGCCUCAGCCAAGGCCUGGAUCGAAAUAUAUAAAAAUAAUAAUAUAUAGUUAUAAUAAUAUAUAGUAAUAAUAAUAUAUAGUAAUAAUAUAGACAGGCUCUCAUAGACACACUCUAACAUAUAUAAUAAUAAUAUAAACAGGACAGGCUCUCAUAGACACACUCUAACAUAUAUAAUAAUAAUAUAAACAAGACAGGCUCUCAUAGACACACUCUAACAUAUAUAAUAAUAAUAUAAACAGGACAGGCUCUCAUAGACACACUCUAACAUAUAUAAUAAUAAUAUAAACAGGACAGGCUCUCAUAGACACACUCUAACAUAUAUAAUAAUAAUAUAAACAGGACAGGCUCUCAUAGACACACUCUAACAUAUAUAAUAAUAAUAUAAACAGGACAGGCUCUCAUAGACACACUCUAACAUAUAUAAUAAUAAUAUAAACAGGACAGGCUCUCAUAGACACACUCUAACAUAUAUAAUAAUAAUAUAAACAGGACAGGCUCUCCUAGAGAUACUCUAACAUAACCACUACAGCUCUGAGUAGCCGAUAUAGGAUGGUGCAAUGAGUCUAUACCAGGGAUGGACAAACCUCCACAUCUCCUAUGAUGCUUUUCCAGCAUUAUGGCUGUAAGAGCAUUAUGGGAGAUGUAGUCCACAACUUCUGGAGUGCAAAAGGUUGCCUAUCCCUGUUUGUGUUUUUUAUUGACGUAGUGUAUGGUAAGAUAUAGCAAAAAACAGGCUCUCCCCAAUACUGAUUGACCAUACUCCCUACACCCACACUGAUAAAGUGGAAAAUCAGAAUUAUCCAUGUAUAUUCCAUCCAAUCGUGGUUGGCUUUUAAAAAGUUCUCUGAGGGUUAAACAUCAUAUACAUUACAAGGCAAGUAUAAAGGAACACUCUAGGUAUUAUACCGUAUAUACUCGAGGCACAUUUUUUGUGCUGAAAAACCCCCACUCGACUUAUACUUGAGUCACUGUCUGUAUUAAGGCAACUUACAUUGCCGUAAUAGAGCCAGGACCGCCGGGCUCGUUACAAGCCCGGCGGUCCUGUUGGGGGCUGGCAGCAAGCUGUAACUUACCUUUCCUGCAGGUCCUGUCAGCUCCCUUCUCCUGCGUUCCAGUCAUCUCCACUGUAAAUCUCGCGAGAGCCACGGGGUCAGAGCGUUGCCACGGGUUAACAUGGUAACACUCCGCGCGGCAGUCACACCACGAGACUUACAGUGGGAGCUUACAGGAGAGCUGACAGGAGCUGCAGUAAUGGUAAGUAACAGCUCGCUGCCAGCCCCCCUCCUUCACAGCCCAUGCCACUGGACCACCAGGCCAGCUAACAAGCAGGGAGGGGGGACGAAAAUAAAUAAAUAAAAAUGUAAAUACUAUUAAAAUAAAAUAAAAAUAUUUAAUAAUAUAAAAAAUAAUAAUAAUAUUUUAAAAAAUAAAAAUGUCCCCCCCACCACCAAGGCUCUGCAUCACAUACACACACUGUAUUCAUACACACACACACUGUAUUCAUACACACACACACUGUAUUCAUACAUGCACACACACACUGUAUUUAUACAAACACUGCAUUCAUUAUAUACACACACUGUAAAUAAAUAUUCAAUUAAUAGAAUUUUUUGGGGAUCUUAUUUUAUUUAGAAAUUUACCAGUAGCUGCUGCAUUUCCCAACCUAGUCUUGAGUCGAUAAGUUUUCCCAGUUUUUGGGGGGUAAAAUUAGGGGUAUCGACUUAUAUUCGGGUCCACUUAUACUCGAGUAUAUACGGUACCUUCUUCAGCUUAUUGGGGUGUUUAUGGCGUCAUUUGACUAAUUUGUUAAUGGAACACAUCAAGCAUAAUAACCACUUCCCCACACUGUAGUGGUUAUGGUGCCAGGAGGGAUCAGGCGACACCCCUGUGUAUGUAGUCAAACCAUUGUAGAGUGGAUUACCUUCUUAACUGGCCUCUGCCGGGCACCACUCCCUAUCUCCACUAUAGCCUACGGUGAGCCAGGAGCUUUCUGUCGGAGUGAAGUCCUGCUGUGCAGCUGACAUUGAGCUAACGAGCUAGCCCUGGACUGCGGAGCUUAGUACAGGAGAGCUAAUGAAAGCUCCUAAGCACAUUGAGGUGGUUAUGUCCAUUGUAGUGGUUAUGGCAUUUGGGGUGUUCCUUUAAACUGAUAAAAUAAGACUUGAAAGUGAAAUCCAUAGUUCCACCUUAAAGCCCUGUCAGUCUGAGAGAGAAUGACACUUCCUGACUCUCAUACCAAUGAUUGGGUAUGUUCUUGCUGACAUGGAUGGUCUUGCAAGCACUAGUUCCUAAGGGGCAGUGCCUGCAAGUUCAAAGAUUUUCCCUGGCUCUCUGUUGGUACCCUGGCACCCUAACCACUUUAAUAAUCUAACACAAUUGCAAGAGUCAACACGGGUCCAUUGGAAGCCUUGUGAGUGAGGAACCAUGUCAUGCUCACGACCGGUAAAGAAAAGAUAAUGGAUACCGCACUCGCCAGGGUGCUCAAGACCUGAGGAAGGCCAGGUCUCACUUCCAGAUAUAGAGAAUAAAUAUUGAUCCAGGCACUCAAGGAUAAAAGCCAAAAUAGCAGAUUUAUUUAGAGCAAAAUAACAGCAACGUUUCGACCCAGCAGGGUCUUUGUCAAGCUAAUACAGUGUUACAAACAUGACCUAUAAGUAUGGUGCUUAACAAAAAAGUGCUCCAAUAAAUGAAACCAUUACAUUUAAUUGACAUAAAUUAAUAUAUUCAGACAAAAGAAAAAGGGCAUAAUCACUUACACUCCACAGUACUCACAUUGUUAACCAAUAAAAAUUUAUCAUGUCAUAUUUAAUUAAUUUCAUAUAUUAAAAUAUUUAAAGAUAUAUGUACACCAAUAAAAGUGAGGGCAUAUUAUUUUGGUCUAAAUGAUGAAUACUAAGUGAAUAAUGUGUAAAAUACAUAUAUACACAAUACAUAAAUAAAUUAUACAUCUUGGUGUGUUAAGUGAAUAUAAAAAAUCCAUCACCUGCAAAUAUUGGCAGCAUUGUGAAGGGACUGACGCAACAUUGGAAAAGUUAAGUUACACCAGUUCCAUGGCCAGAAAUUGUGGAAGGGGCCUGUAGGGAGGAUUCCACGGGUUCGGGGCCUGCAACUUAAUUUGUGACAGAGCCGCUUUAAAGGGACGUGCAUCACAUGUUAAUGCUGAAGUGAAACAUCCCCAUAAUUCAAGUUGUAACAGAUGGCCCAUACUUCAGUGCUGAAACUGGUUUGACAAAAUUUACAAUUUAUUUUUCUUGUGUGCUGAAAAAAGGUCUAAAUAAUUUCUCGCUAUGGUAAGCAUUGCAUAAUGUGACCCUUGUAUACUCUUACAUAAUUGAUACUGGUCAUAUCCAACCUAACGAUUGUAGUGAUUGAAGUCAAGAUCUGAAACUCUAACAUCGUCUCAACCUUAUUGCAUUGUAAAGGUUUUUACAUUUGUGUUACGUCAGCAGUUUGAGCAGCAACAAUUUCAAUGACAUGCUGUUUUCAAAUAUAAGUGUAAAGAAAAAAAGAAAAUGUAUUUGUGGCAGAUAUCACACACCUAGCUACAGUAUACUGUGUACCAAGUCUGUUAUCACACAGCUCUGUGACCGUUAUUUACAAUAUUUAUGAUAACCAAGCGGUUGACAGAAGGGCUGUUACUGCACUACAGGUGUUGCAAGUCUAGGUGUUACAGGUGUGUUCUCAAUUUUAAUCUUAGUUUUAUAUAUAUAUAUAUAUAUAUAUAUAUAUAUAUAUAUGAGAGAGAGAGCGCGAGAUCUAGUUGAAAUCUACCUAUGUCACCAGAUAAAUAGUAAAUAAUGGCUAUGAAUAAAUUAACCUUCCAGGUGAAAUAUCGAUGGAAAAGGUGAAGGUGAAGCGAUAUGUCUCUGGUAAAAGACCUGACUAUGCCCCAAUGGAGUCCUCUGAUGAAGAAGAGGAGGAAUUCCAGUUCAUUAAGAAGGGAAAGGAGCAGGAAAUUGAGGUUGAGGAACAACCAGAAGAAAGUACCAGUGAUCCCCGCUUGCGCCGUUUACAGAAUCGAAUGAAUGAAGGUGUGGAGGAAAGGUAAAUUUCUCGAUAGAAAAACCCACUUACUGCUUGAAAUACCACAAAUCCAACAAACAUUUAAACUACAACUGCUUCCCUCUGUAAUUUUACUUGUUCUGUUUUUAGUUACAUUAGUUUCUUACUUGAAAUUAUUUUUCUGUACAGGUUGGCCAGACAUCGUAAGAUUGUGGAGCCGGAGGUGAUUGGAGAAAGUGAGUCUGAGUCUGAACCAGGAGAAGAGUGGCAUGUAGAUCGUGUGGAGGACACCAGUGAGGAGGAGGAAGAAGAGAUAGAUGAUGAGGUAAAUGAUAAUCCAAUUCUAUGUUCACUUUGGUAAUUUGUAGAAUGUUCCAGUGAUUUCUGCAUUAUUGGCAUAUAAGUAUUUGUAAAUGUUAAGACAGGGAAGCACAGUUCCAUGUUUGAUCGGAAUUUUGGGGUGUGUGUGUGUGUGUAAUUAUUUUGGCUUGUUUGUAUGGAAUAAGAGAGAAUAUCUUAUAUUUUACUCUGGCAAAUUCAUAGAGGAGGUCAUAAGCUGGGAGAUGAUGUUUGAGGUAAUAAAUGGGCUCCUCUUACACUGAUAUUAUGGUAUAGUUUUAAAGAUAUUCUGAAAGCAGUCAUUGACUAAUAUGUACCCCCUUACCAGAGAGAACAUUCCUUGUAACUUUUCUUUCUUAAUCAUGUAUUCCAUUUUUUUUUUAGGAAAUUGAACGUCGACGUAUUCUCAUGCGUCAAAGAGCUGAGGAGAGGAAGAAUGAGGAAAUGGAAGUAUUAGAAGUAGAAGAUGAGGGGAAAUCUGGGGAAGAAUCAGAAUCUGAAUCAGAAUAUGAAGAAUACACAGACAGUGAGGAUGAAAUGGAACCAAGGCUCAAACCUGUGUUUAUUCGCAAGUAAGUGGAUAAAUGUCACUGUAAUAAGUGGGAAAUUACAUUUAUGUGAGAGUGUUAACUGUUAGUUGAAAUACUUUCUAUAUUGAAAAUGUUUGUGAUCGGUGAACCUGAGAGAAUAGAAUAAAUUAUAUUCUGGAGAGUAUCAUAAAAAACACUUUAUAUUAUGAGAGGCAAAACUCUCAUUAAAAUGAACCUGUCAUGUCCCAAACAACUUAUGAUCCCUAGAUUGUGCAUACAAUUUUGUGUAUACAUUGUGUUCACAAAUGUAUAGAUUAAGAGAAAAACCUUCUAAAAAAUAGGUUUUUCUCAUAACUGUUGGUCAAUCCCCAUAGGAGCUCCUUCUGCUCUCUUCCCAUAGCACCUACAGCACACUCGCUGUGGUUGCUAUGAAAAUUCCCAAGACUGUGCUUCUGCCGCUGGCUAUGGCAUAAAGGAACAGAGUGAUGUGACAUCCUGUUCUGACACUGCUGACGUCACUGACGAGAUUUGUCAAAGAAGAACAGAGGUGGAGUGCAGGACGGCCUGGAGGUUGGUGUUGAAACAAAGAAACCCCCAUGAAGCAUGAAGAUGGCAGUGUUGGAACAAAGGAAGAGUGGCCAAGAAUCUUUGUUUUAUAUUGAUUACGUAUUUAAUGUAUAUGGGAACAAUUUCAAGGUCCACACAUUUUUAGUAUUCCUGGUUAAAGCUCUCUUUUUUUGUUUACUAUUUUAUUUUAUGCUCACUAGACCACUUUUUGAAAAAGCCGAGCCAGGAGAGUUUAGCCUCUCUCUUCCUUGCAACUCCGUACAUGCCAGCCCUAUUGUACAGCCAGCUGUACAAAAGAUCUUUGGGAUAUUGGGAUGAAAUUACUUUAAUACUUUAAGCAUUCACUUUUAAGUGUAUAAAAAUAUCUUGCACUAUUGAUCACUGUCAAAUCUUUCUGAAAUACUCAUUCACUGAAAUUCCAGCCCAGUCAAAAGAUAUUCUGAGACAUACUAGGGAUGACUUUGUCUCAGAAUUUUUCCUACGCCUGAGACUUCUUGGUACAGGGUGGUGCUACCAUCGUCAAGAAGCAUCAAUCCUCCAGUUGUCACUAGUGAUGGCUGUUGGGAAAUUGGCAUUAUCUAUGGAGGAUCUCACGAGACAUUGGCAGCUGAAGAGCAGAAGAGGACCAGCCGGAAAAGAAUGUCGGGGACUUUGCAAAUUAUGCAAAUUCACCAGACAGUGACAGUGCCAUUUAGUAACAUACUAAAGGAUCUCAUUCUCAUCCAUCUCUGACACCAAUAGAUUAAAAUAUUAAACGGAGCGUAUACUACACUUGGUCUGUUGACCGUUCAUGAGUUAAAAUGGUUAACAGGAACACAAAUGUUUUAAUUCAGAGAAGAUUAAAGCUUUUAUAGUUGGGAGCAUAUAUGUUAAAAACUAACAUUUCACUUACUACUAAUAUGUGUACUUAAUGGAGUUUCCAUCCACUACCAUUGCAGAAAGGACAGAGUAACUGUUCAGGAAAGGGAGGUCGAAGCAAUUAAACAGAAAGAGGCAGAAGUAGAAGCAAAACGUAUGGCAGAGGAACGACGCAAAUACACAUUAAAGGUAAAUGGACGAUUGGUCGUGUACAAAGACAAUUAAAUUGCUAGCGUUAAUUUGGUGUUAUCCCGGCUGACUUCACUUUUUUCAUGGUUUACAGAUUGUAGAAGAAGAGACAAAGAAAGAGAUUGAAGAGAACAAGCGAUCCCUGGCAGCACUCGAUGCUCUAAACACAGAUGAUGAAAAUGAUGAGGAGGAAUAUGAAGCUUGGAAAGUACGAGAGCUGAAACGCAUAAAACGUGAUCGUGAAGAAAGAGAAGCGUAAGUAUAUUAGCUGUUUAUAUUUGUGUGUAACAUUUUAUGUAAACCAUACCUGUAUGGAUUGGUAAGAUUGGACUCUUGUUCAUUAACUGCAGCACAGAUUUUCAGAUAUUUCUUGUCUGUGCCUGUUUUCACUACCUUGUAGUGAUUUCAUGCAUUCUGUGAAUAAUAAACCCUCACCCCCUUACAUUGCUUUUAUGAUCCCCAUAUGAUUAAUUCUAGCUAUUUGGAUAGAGAGAAAUUUGUACGUUAAAGGAAAACUAUCAUGCCAGGAAAACGUUUUAAACAAAUUAAAGUGCAUUACUAGAGCAUACACACUGGAAACCAUUAGAGUCAACUAAAACAUUCCAUGGUGACUAUGGGUAACACUGUGUUAAAUGGAAAAAGGUUUUAUACAUAACCACCAAAGAAUUUUUCCAAAUGUUGCAUCUCUUUACUUCCUUUAUCUACAAGCUGAAUUCCUUUGCUUACUUCAGUUUUACUUUUAAAAAUAUACAAUGCAUUAUAUUGUCAAUAAGAAGCACACAUUCAUUAUGCAUUUUCUUUUUUUCCGAAUGGAUAGGAUGGAGAAAGAGAAGGCUGAAAUUGAACGCAUGCGCAAUAUGACAGAGGAAGAGCGCAGAGCAGAGCUGCGAGCAAAUGGCAAGAUAAUUACCAACAAGGCAUUGAAAGGAAAAUACAAGUUCCUGCAAAAAUACUACCACAGAGGAGCUUUCUUCAUGGUAAGAAUUUAUGCACUUUAUUCUUCGCUUACAUACUGUAGAUGCUGGACUGUUUUGUAGGCUUGCUGAUUAAACACUAUUUUAAGAAGCUGGUUUGUGUAUUGAUUUUGUUUUCUUCUUCUUAGGAUGAAGAUGAGGAUGUAUAUAAAAGAGACUUCAGCGCACCAACCCUGGAAGACCACUUCAAUAAAACCAUCCUUCCAAAAGUCAUGCAGGUACUGUAUAUUUUAUUUUGUAUGCAUUCUUACCCAGUAGUUAUUAUUUGGUUGGUUUUUUUGCCCUUUGCUAAGUUAUACAAAUAAAUAAAUAAAAUAUUGUGUAUUUUCAGGUCAAAAACUUUGGUCGUUCUGGCCGAACAAAAUAUACUCAUUUGGUUGACCAAGAUACAACUUCCUUUGAUUCUGCCUGGGGCCAGGAGAGUGCUCAGAAUACAAAAUUUUUCAAGCAUAAGGCAGCCGGCGUUCGGGAUGUGUUUGAGAGGCCAACAGUAAAGAAAAGGAAAACUACAUAAGGACUAAAGCUAUGCACUUUAUUUGGUACCCUAUUCGCACCCAUUAAAGGAUUAUGAGUGGUGAAAUAGAUUUUUUUUUUUUUUUUUGUAUAAACACCAUGGACCAAUUCUUGUAUUGGAAUAGUGUAAAUAUUUAGCAAUUACCGAGAUAGCUGUCCUUUCAAUUUGGAUCUGUCAGACAAUGGUUCUGACCUUCUCCAUUGUGUCUUAAUUUUGGGGAUUUUUGGUUUUACUUUUCAUACCCAUUCAACAUUUCCGAUAACAAGUGAUGUGGACAGGACUGUAAAUAAAACUGUAGUUAUAUUUCUUUGUGUGAAAAUAAACAAACAGAUUCUUGGAGUCUUUCUAUAUAGUUGCUUUACAUUUGUGAGUUGUGUUGUAUCACAGAGAUUAAGACAUGAUUUAUGAAAUGCAACGUAAUGAUUAAAAUAGAUCGCACACAUUUUUAGACUCUUUGCUCCACAGUUCAACAUAAGGUACUCCAAUUAUAACCAAAAAUGUAUGGGAAAAAUCCAGCAAAACAAAU